CAGACAUGUCAUAUUUAGCUGCUCCUGGUUUCCAGCCUGCCUACAAUCCCCCCAUCCCUUAUACUACAGCAUUUGCUGGGGGCCUACGGGUGGGAAUGGCGGUGGUCAUUCAGGCUGUUGCUCCUAGUUCUAGUAAUCGGUUUGCUGUGAACUUUUGCACUGGUCAGUAUGAUGGCUCGGACAUUGGCUUCCACCUGAAUGCUCGCUAUGAUGGGCGCGACCGUGUUGUUUUUAAUUCCUUUCAGGGUGGGACCUGGGAGAAAGAGGAGAUGAAGAGAGACAUGCCAUUUAAGCUUGGGAAAGUGUUCCUACUAGUCUAUGAGAUCACCCCAAAUAAUUAUCAGGUUACUGUAAAUGGAUCCCCAUUCUAUGAGUUUGGUUUUAGGAUCCCUCUGCAAAAGAUCAACUGGCUUCAGGUGACAGGAGACAUCACUGUUCAGGCUCUCUGCAUCAUUGGGAAUGGCCCUGCAUCUGGAGCUGGAGGUGCUAAAGGAGCAGGUCUCCUCAUGUCAUCCACACAGGAGAAUCUCCCGCCUAUGUUGGGUCCCCCAAUCCUACAUCCGAUUCUCCCAUUCAAAGCAAUGAUCCCUGGAGGGAUGAUUCCAAAACGUACAGUGAUCAUGAAAGGACUUGUGAACUCCAAUGCAAAGAAUUUCCAAAUAAGCUUCAAAGUUGGAUACACAAAUGACAUUGCCUUGCACAUCAACCCUCGUCUCAACAAGAACACGCUGAUCAGAAACAGCUUUAUCAAUGGAACCUGGGGCGAGGAGGAGAAAGAUGUGGUCAAGAACCCAUUUCAUCAGGGCGAGCAUUUUGAUAUCUCUAUACGUAGUGGGGAGAAGCAAUAUAAAGUCUACGUGAAUGGCUAUCACUGCUUCAACUAUCCUCAUCGUCUCACAAAUCUGCAGCAAGUGGACACCCUGGAAGCAGAUGGGGAUAUAAAACUCUGCUUUGUACAUUUCUGAUCUUCUGCCAACACAGCAAGAGUAGUUUGCUAUUUCUCCUUCUAUCAAAAGUUUAUAGAAUGCGUCCUGAGUUUCUCAGCUACUGAUUUCUCUAAAUGCUAUUAUGUUUUCCCAGCCUACGGAAUUCAAAUCUGAAUAUAGUGUAUCACUUUAAUUUAAUUUAAAAAAAAACUCAAUACAUGUAAGGACUCAUUUAAAAUGAUCCACGCAGUGUGCAACGUGCCAAAAAAGGCCUCAAUCGGCCAUUUUUUUUUCAUUUUGCCUACUGUUUGUGCAAUUGUGCAAAACCCAAAUCACAUCUUGUUGCAGAAAAAAAUAGAGCUUUUUUCUUACUUGGCAUUCCUCAUAGCAGGCCACUUUAUGUAAUAGUAUGUAGGCAGGUUUUAUUCAAAAUAAAGUUUUUUGAAAACAUU